AUGUUGCCAUUCAAGAUCUCACCCACAACGUCUUGGGCAACAUUAGUUCCCUUGUGUGGGGUGCUUUUCGUCACUUUCUGCAAGGAUGCCUACGAGGACUUAAAGCGUUGGCGGGACGAUUGCCGAGUGAACAAUCAGGUGGUGAAAGUCUUUACUGGCGGUGAUGGCCAAAAUCCAUAUGCAAGCAUCAAGUGGUCAGAGGUCAGAGUGGGCAGCUUCGUCAAAAUCGCUCGGGACCAGCCGGUACCUGCAGAUCUCCUAUUGGUGUUCUCAAGUCCAGGUGGCGGCGCCUUUGUGGAUACUGCGCAAUUGGACGGGGAGUCCUCCUUAAAGCCAAAGUAUGCUGUGGAGGAAACCCAACACAUGAUCCGCAACUCCUCGGUACACAGCCACAUGGAAGCAGACUUGCCAAAUCAGAUGGUCAAUAAAUUUGAUGGCUGUAUCUACCUCAAGGGCUACCCGAGAGGUGUGCAUGUCAACUUGAAAAACUUCCUGCUGCGCGGCUCUACGCUCCGAAAUACUAAUCAUGUGAUUGGCCUGGUCGUGUACACAGGAGUGGAUACCAAGGUGGUUAGGAACUCGUCCCAAUCGUUGACAAGCAAGAGAUCCCAGGUGGAGCAGCUAGCAAACAAGCUGCUGAUCAUCGUUUUCCUUCUACUAUUCGUGAUUUCCAUCGGCUGUGCAGCUGCGAGGGCUUACCUCAUCUCAAACGAGAGGGGCUACAAGAACCUCGCUUGGGUUUGGCCAUUGACCGGUGGAGAUGAUCUGCAGGAGCUGCUUUUUCAUCCUGACAAUCCCUACAUGGCCAUCCUGACCUUCCUCAUUGGGUACAACAACUUGAUACCCAUCAGUUUGUAUAUGACGACCGACUUGGUGCGUGCACUUCAAGCCUUCAUCAUGGAAUCAGAUGACAGCAUGUAUCAUAAGCGUGAUGAUACAUGCUGCAAGGUUCGAAGCUCUGGACUCUGUGAAGACUUGGGACAAGUAGACUUUGUCCUUUCGGACAAGACUGGAACGCUUACACAGAACGAGAUGUGCUUUAAAGCCUGCUGGGUGGAUGGCCAAACCUAUGGCUGCUGGUCUGACUGUCCAGAUGAUUCGAACGAUGCGGGAGAGGAUGCAAGCCUCAACGGUGACGCCUUUGGUGUUCCAACCGACCAUGUUGAAAGACUUCCUCCCCGGAGCGUUUGCUUGCCCUUGAGCCCUGCGCUGUGGACGGCUCCUUUCGAUUCAGACCCCACAGACGCCAAAGGCAACAUUCGACUAUCGGAGAACACACUCUUGGAAAAUUUCUUUCUGUGCCUAACGCUUUGUCAUGCUGCAAUGCCAGAGAGGAUGCAGGGUGAGAGCAAGAGGGCCACAAGGAGUGCAGAGGUGCCGCUGUUGAUGCAAGAUGUGGAUGCAGUCAGGGCCAGCGACCCCGGAAUGCAACAUUUGCACUUGGAAAGUGAGAUCCAGACGCGGCUGGCUUUGUUGGAAGAAGCUGAGAGUACUCAAUUCCGCAGCCCAUCUCCAGAUGAGGACUGA